UGAUUGGUCCCCGGUUAUUAGCGGUGUACCCCAAGGUUCAGUACUGGGCCCGCUGUUUAAUUUAUUUACUGUCGGGGUCCGCUUCCCUAGUUAGCCCCUAGUCACCCCUUAGUAACUUGAUAUUUAUAAAUAUUAUCAUUGUAAAUAUGUAUAUUGUGUUGCUCAUUUGUUUAGCGUCGCCGGACCUGCGGGUCAUGUGACUUGGUUCAGAACUCUAUGGUAUGUUGAAGGACCUUAGGUGGCUCUUGAGUCACGUGUUUUCCCAUAAUGCCGUGUAAUGGUGAGUGACAGUUGUUUUGGACCAAUCCAAAACGGCCAGCCCCUGCCCAUAUAAGGGAGCUGCGGCCAUUGAUCGCUCUCUUGCGUUGCUGACUCUGAAUGAGGUAGGACCUCCGCAACUUUCAAAUACGUUUACUAGGCCAAAGCCUUGCGGCCUCGGCCUAUACCACAGCGGUUAUAUAGAUAUAAUUCCCUGCUACUCUCCGCAAGAUCACUGGACCUAAACGCACAACUAAAUCCAGCGGAUUUAUGCAAUGGAAUCUUCCUAAAGCUAAAUUGAGCUUAUCUGAUUUCAACCAACUGUCAAUCGCUGCUCAACUACAAAUAGACUUUGUUAUCUGGACUGUUAUUGCUAUUGUCUGCUUCAGAAAAUCUUCAGUAAAAGUUCCUGCAAGUUUUCAGUUGACAGUGGUUGUGGACAAUCCAUUUAUUUCGCACUCACUUAUCGCUCUUGGGAGGGGUGGCAAUAGGCCGUAGCCACAUUACAGUAUUUAACCCUCACCCUGGUGUCACAAGUGACAAGGGUUAACAGCGCCCUUUAUAAUCUAGAACAGCAACACCCCAACUUCCCUACACCCCGCCAAGGCACCACAAAGCCAUUUUGGUGUAACGAACAGGAUUCGGGUGUGUGCCUGCUGCUGUUGCCACUAGUGAAAUAGUACUCCCCCCAAUAACGGACUUUAUUCAUGGACUGUGGAUUACAUUCUAGUGUACGGGUCUGUGCUGUGUGGAGAAAGUGCGUGGUAAAGUAAGGGGGGAGACGAAGAUUUAUUCGCAGCAAGAAUGUGCAAACUGCAAAAUGAAUACAUGCUACGUUCCUCUGGUCCGGUCAGCACAGGAAGAGUUAACCUGCUGCCAGAGAAGCGUGCAAAAAAGUCCCGCGCUGUGCCACGUCCCGCCCCUGGGCGUGGCUGUCAAGUUGCUGUAUCACAGCCGAAAGGGAACUUGGAAACAGAGGAGUCGUUUCUGGGAGGACCGGAAUUCGGGGCUGCACCGAUGACGUCCUUCCUGCCGGCCGCCAUUUUGGGGAAGCCCAGUAUAAAGGACACCCUGCACAAUGACCUCUUCAGUCUGCACAAGGAGCCGGAGAGUACAGACAUGGAGGAGAGCAACGUUCCACGUGGUGAGAACAGAAAAAUGGCGCCUGUGCAACGGAAAGUUGUGGCGGUCGCAGUCCAACUAUUCUAGGAUAUUGCCAACCAUCUGCAGAGGUUGUCAUUGGAUGAAGAGGGGGCCUGCAAUCUUCCCCCACUGCCCAAUAAUGAUGAUGACUGGCCGAAUACACCUCCAGGAGACUGCCCCUCACCACAGGACUUUGGGCUCAUGGGCCGAGAUCCCAUCAGAGGAGUCUGCAGUGAGUACCCCUCCAGAGGCGGCCUUUUCUUCCCCCUCCAGCCCUGAGCUUGAAAUACCCCUGUCCAGCUUGCCGAGUGCACGACCGCACUCACCAGAUUUGCCCCAGUGGAUUUUUGGGGACGAGCCGGGACUCAUCGAGUAUAUGCACGCGGUUCUACAACCUAUACCUGGGAAGCCACUCCCACCAAUUCCAACCACACAAAGAGAAAGGGCCCUUCAGAAAGCCGAGUUGGCUGAGUAUAUGGACAAAAUAAAGGCCCAACAGAGAACUGUACGCCUUAAGCAUGUGCAUUUGCCUCCUGAGGAGAGAAUUCGUUAUCAGGAGAAUACUAAAGAAUUGGCAGCACUCUACAUCCGCAAGUGGGAUCAUCUCCAAGAAGGGGAGGAGCCUUUAGAACGACGAAGAGCAACUGUGGCCAAGUUCGACAAGGUCAGAGGUUAUGGGACACUCCUAGAUUGCCAUACAGGGCAAACCAUCCUCGUAAACCGGCGAGCAGUACAGAGGCCAUAUCUUCAUAAAAAGUUCUACUCUCUGGAGAUGGGUGAGAUAGUGGAGUACAUCCCUGUCCAGGGCCUGCGUGGAGAAUGGGAUGAUGUGGUCACCAGACCAACAGCCCCAACACAGCUUCCCUUCAAAUACUUUCUGUCUACAGAUUGGGAAUCGGAUCCCUUCAACCUGAGGCCGAAAUGGUCUGCUCCAGAUGCCUCCACCCCCAUACUCAAGGAGGAGGAGCCUCCCCAACAACAGUCAUCUUCUGUGUACAGCAAAGUGCUAAGACCUGCUCAGGACCAAGAAAGUAGGCCCAAAUUGCGGGCACCAAAGACUGUACCUAGGCCCUCUCAGAGCAAUGAGAGUUGGCCUCCUGCAAGGGUGCCAGCGAAAGUGCUCUGGCCCGCUCCUAGCAUGGAGAUGGAGCUAAAACCUUAUGCACCAACCUUGAUCCCGACCAGUAAACCCCUGGUCACCUUGAAUCCCACUGUUACCCAUUCUACUCUCACCAAUGUGGUGUGGGAGAGUUACAUUAACACCCAGCCAGCCCCUGAUAUUGGAAGGGCUAGGGGGUCUAUAAGAGGCACAAGAAGAGUAUGGAAGAAUGUUUUCUGAAGGACUGUAAAGUAAUGACUGUUGCUUUUCUUUGCUAACCACUUUUGUUUUUCAGUAACCAAGUUCAAGAAAAUUGUGCCUAGCAGGACUAUGCUAAGACUGUUCCAGUUCCAAGUUCAUCAACGUAACCAUUAAGCUUUGUGCCUAAUCAUUGGGUCAAGAGACUCCUAGCCAGUAGCAGAUUCGUAAGUUUUGUGCCUGGCUGAUUGUGGUAAAGCCGUGUUUCCCAUAGACUCCUAGUGUAGGUGGACUGCAGAUCCUUACACGCCAGUUUUGUGUAUAUACCUCCAUAUUCAUGAGACUUUCUUGCUAAAAAUUCCACUUAUCAGGUGUAUGCGCCUGAACCUUGUUGGAGAGUUAAUAAAUGUGUAAACUUGUAUAAUAAAAAUGUACAUGGUUCUUAUACACAGAAAAGAUAACUUUGUGUUUGUGUACAUAAAAAGUAGGUAAAGGUUGUACACGGAAAAUGCCCGUUGGAUGCACGUGUACACUAAAAACAAAAAACGUAAAUAAUUCUUGUAUACAUGUACAUACAAAUGUAUAAAAAUACUAAAAAGGUGUUUUAGUAGUUGCUAAAUAGGUGACUCUCCCGGCUCCUCCGAGAGUAGCAUUCCAGUCGCCAAUCGCUAGCACCUGUCUCGGAAAAAAAAAAUAACAAUAGUAAACUACCCUUAAGAUAUCAAGACUAACUUCAGGACUUGCACACAUAGUACCUUAAACUGCUCACUUAAAUGUACUACCUCAGUCUUUAGUACAUACACAAAGUAAAAUAAAAGAUAUGUCUCACACUCAAGAAACACUUUAGGAAUUGUAGCAAAUUUAUACUCAAUUCCUGUCACUGUUAGGUACACUAACUCUCUUCUCUUUAUUACGUGUGUGAGAUGCUCUACCUGGCCAGUAGGUGCUCUUGCGAGCUAAAGAUUAGACACGUAUUUCUAAAGGUAACCUAGGUAGGUUAUACUGUUGUGUUCUAGGGGUAAGUAGCGUGUAGCCGAUAGAACCUAG